CUGUCUGACUGUAAUCCUACAGCAUGGGCGUUUCAGUCCUCCGAUAGAAACUGAGCUGCAGGCAACAUGCUGUGAUGUCACUUACCGGAUUAAUCGGUUGUUUCACGUCAAAGCAAUCCGGAAGACGCUGCAACAUGACGGAACUGUGUCGGGAGCCGAGACAAGGUUAAGGCUGAAUUCAUAACAUCAUUGUUUUAGGCAUGGCGGUGGAACUUGAUAAUGUUGUUUAACAGGACACAAAGAUAGCAACGCUUAUUCGCUGUUUUAUGAAUUGGAAGCCAGUCCGUCCAGCGUCGCGUUUCGGAUAUAUUGAAAUAGUAACAUUAGCAGGUCUACAUACUAAAGUGCCGUACCUCGUCGUAGACUGGAUCAGAGUCACAAUGGGCAAUGGAAUGAAUAAGGUUGUGGAUGGACUCUAUCUUGGGAAUAUAAGAGAUGCAGAAAACAGAGAAAGUCUUUCUAAGAAUGGAAUCACCCAUAUCCUGUCUGUGUACAACAAUGCUAAGCCUGUAUUUGAGGACAUGACGUACCUUUGUAUUCAUGCAGCUGAUGCUUCUAGCCAGAACCUAUUACAACAUUUUAAAGAGUGCAUCAGCUUCAUCCAUGAAUGUCGCCUGAAUGGUGGUUCUUGUCUCGUGCACUGCCUUGCAGGUGUGUCCCGCAGCACUACCAUGGUGGUGGCCUAUCUGAUGACUGUUACUCACUACAGCUGGGAGGAGUGUCUGUCUGCAGUCAAAGCUGUUCGCUCCUUUGUUGGCCCAAACUAUGGCUUCCAGCAGCAGCUGCAGGAGUACCAGACAACACAAGUGUCUGAGUACCGAGUAUGGUUACGAUCUAGUUUCCGCCCUAAUCCAUUCAGUGAUGAGGAGCAGGUGGGCGCCCUGUUGAGCCAGUACACAGAGCAACAGGAGAGCCAGAGGAGAGGAGCAGAGCAGCGCUGGAUCAAUCGGGGCUUCCGUGCUCUGCCGUCUGACCCUGAUAAUCCUGAAGGCAGCAGCUGAAACACGCCAAAGUUGUGCCCACUGCUGUCUGGAAGCCUCAGUAACUGUUGGGGUUUUUUUUUUUUGUACUCAAUUCCAAAUCAACCCCUAUGUUAUAUCCAACUUUAAACCUUUGUAUAGCCAUGAAAGCAGAGAAUGAAAUAAAUACCCCCUUAUAAGCCAAGCAUAUUUUUUAUACUUUAUUUGUGAUGCUGUGGUCACUUUUAAGCAGCGGAGGUUGAUUUAGAAUUGGGCUACAGCCACUACAGGGGUACUGGUGCUCACAGACGCCUUACUCUAAACACCUCAGCACCUUAGCCAUGAUGAACUCUUUACACCUGUAAUGUUCAGCUCAGCAGCCUUAAAGACAUGACUGACCAAUCCUGCCUUAAAGUAACAUUUUGCCUCUGAUUAGGUGGGUGUCCAGUCUGUGUUGGUGGACAAGAAAAUUUGCAAAUCUACAACCAGUGAUGCCAGUUAUUCUGAUAUGUACCAGUUUGUAGUUCUGUUCAGGGUCUUAAUGGUUGACUCCUUUAUCAGCACUGCAGCUUAGAAAGUUUCCAGACUGACAGCUUAAAGUGUGUGUAUAAAUCACAUACAUCCUAGAAAAUACACUAUAACCGAUGCCUAUGUAGUAAACAUCCAUUUACAUCCAGUUGUAUCCUGUUCUCUUACUCCAGUUCCCACUUUUUUGUUUCAUUUAGAUGAAAAUUUAAGAUGUCUACACACUACAUGUACAAAUGCCUGAAUCCAGCACCAACCAUCUACAGUGGAUUACAAUGACUUGAUAUCAGUUGGUGGGUAACCAGAGAUGGAAGAUUGUGAGUUGGCUCUGUUAGCUUGCAGGCAACCCAAAUGUUGCUGAUUUCUCUCUUGUCAGGCCAAGGUCAAAAGAAAAGUGCAACAGCCUGUAGUAUGUUCACAUCGACUGUGUCAGAAAAGCCAAGGGAGGCAUUUGUUAGUAAAGCAAGCUGCAUCAGAUGGCUACAGAGUUGUAGAGAACAUUAGUUCAUACAGUGUCCAUUUAAAGACCCAGAGCAAGGAGUUACAUACGGAUAAAAUUUGGAAAUUGGCAAAAUGUUCCUUUAAGUUGUACAUAUCAGGUUAAAUUGGGGAGCUACAUAAAAUAUGGCUGAGUAAAACAUAGAGUAUAACUAUACAUGAAGGAUCUCUGUAUUCAGAUGCUAAAGUCUUCCUUAUUUCACUGAAACUCUGAUUUAUCUUUGUAUUAUGAUAUAAAGCAAAUUUUUAGAAGAAUUGUGUUACAAAUUCAUUGCUACAUGUAAGUGUUUUAUUGCAUAUUUAUGGGGUUUUAUGUUUUAUAAUAAAUGUAGUGAUUGAUGAAA